AUGCUCGAGAACUGGCAGCAAGUGCGCACAUACCCUGACCAUCUGGGUCACCGCGUGGUGCUCGAGCAGUUCAUCGAGCCAGGCUUCUCUCCAGAUCCCGACCACCUGGUUUCCAUCCAGGUCUACAGCCUUGUACACCUGGACGACGACCACGAACAGCUGCGGAAUUACCUGAUGCAAAGUUUCUGGCACGAAGAGGUCAAGCCUUUGUUCGAAAUCUAUUCAUACCACCCACCCGACGCCUUCGCCUGUAUUGAGCAUAACCGCCUUGAAAUCGCCCGCCGCAAGCAGCAACACCAGUCAGGGAUCGAGAAUCCACUUCCGCUAAUCCCGCAAUUCACCCGUAGCGACGACUCGACUGUUGGGUUUUGUGUCCUACUGCGAUCGCAUAGCUAUCGACUAGGUCGUAUUGAGGACUCGGACGAGCUUGCUAAGCUGGGCGAAGGCCCGGACUUGCUCUAUUUCAACCGCUCGUUUUCUAGCACGCGUAGUGAUGUUGACGAGACGCAGCGUUUAUCCGAGCACGAGAAUCUCUCGCCAGAAGCAUUUGAGUUAGCCACCGAUCGUGUCAUAGACCAGAGUUAUAUCGGCCAGAUUAUCAUGCUCGAUAUCUUUAAUAACGUCGCUUGCCCCGAGCUGCGAUAUGGCUUAGAUAUAGACGAGGGUGCGCCUCCUAGCUCAAAUAUGCCGUCAGAAGAGCAGAUACGCGACCAGCUAGGCCAGGAAACUUCAGUUGGCGGCUUCUAUCUUGAUCCGGCAUUCCAGAUUUCUCAGGAUACCGACAUAAUAAUAGUCACCAAUACUCCUAAGGGAAACAUUCCUGAUCUUCAAUACGUUGUCCAUGCGCUUUUUCUCAACUCCAUCCGCGACAUAGGGUCCUCCCUUUUAGAAAGCACAGCGCGCCUCUUCACAGCGUCAAUUGUCUCCCACCUUCCGGCCAAUAAAACCCUCACUCUCAAAUUCUUCAUCCCAAAGUCCCCUUCCUGGUCGGCCAUCCGCCUCGCCCAAACCGAAGUUCUCGAAGUUCAAUCCCACCAAACCCAAGGAGGGGACCGAGAAGAUCCCUUCCCCAUCGGCGCCCUACACAUCUUCCCCGGCGACGAACAAUCCUCCACACACCGCAUCACCCCCCAAGAACCUGAACAAUAUAUCAUCGCAGCACAAGGGACAUCCAGCACGAUCUUUCGUCUGUUCACAGUUGUGCUCGAUCGUGCCAAGUUUGUCUCCGAGGCCGGAGUUUACUUCUACAUGGCGGACUGGGAUGCGUCCGAGGACCCUUACUCUGAGGACGGCCCAGAUAAUACGCAAGUUUUGCGGUGCGUGGAUAUGAAUACGACUGCCGGACGGUUGGGGAUGGUUGUUCUUGACGGGUAA